UAGGUUCCUUAACCACUUCCCGACCGGCCGUUGCAUAUAAGCGGCCGGACAAUGGCAGUGCAGGGUCGGGUGGCCGUUUAUAAACUGCCUCCCCGCACCCUGCUUGUGCGCGCUCCCUGGGACACAGUGAAACACCGAUCAUCAGACGGGACCUCUGUACGAGGUCCCGAUCAUGUGAUCACUGAUUGGCCAGUGAUCACAUGCAAAGUAGUAAGCAAGAUGUCACUUGUGACAUCAUUGCUUACUACAUGUGAAAUAUGUGAAUGAUCACAGAGGUCACAUACCUUGUACCAUGUGACAAGCUGUGACCAAUCACAGCUCACUCAGUAC